ACCAAUAUUCAGGCUGCAGCCGAUAAACCAUUGACUUUUCCCCAUGGAGCAAGAUUAGCUCACCAAGAUGCGGUUCUAUAUUGGGCUAGCAUAAUAGGCAAAAAUUUCAUUGAUUUUCCAAUAUUUCCAACAUUUCCAGAGUGCAACACAGAUGGUCUCAGGGAACGAGGGAAGAAGUGGAGACAUAUGUGAGGCAGACAACAAAGGAAAUACUGAAGACCCUUAUUAAAGUGGCACAAGGGAUAAAUGAUAUAACACUACAAACUAUCAACUAAUUACUGACAUUUGGAUAAUUAAAACAAUAAAAGAUAUAUGAACAUAAAACACCUGUGUGUUACAGAUGUACAGAUUGUAAUAUCAUCUCAUCAAUAAUUACUGUUAUCGCAAUCUGUCAGCUAAUUUACAGAAAACAUCGUAAUCAAGACAUCCAAUCCUCUUUUAGAAGGCAUAUUGAUAGGACGCAGAAAUAGACCUUUAUCUAGUCGUCAACACAUGGGAUUAUCUAAGAUAGUAUGGAUGGAAAUAAAGCAACCAAAACAUAAAUAAAAAUAUCUAUUAAGAAGAGAAAAGCGUUGGACUUUGAGAUAGUUUAUUCUAAAAAUCUGAGUGACAUUAUUGAUUAAACUGUCAAACAUACAUUGCUGGAGGACUAUCAAUUGGAAGCACAUUAUUGAACUUGUAAAAGAAUACAAAGAGCCAAGAUGUAUCUAACUUGCGAUAAGGUUCCACGGGAAGUGAGAGUCAGUUAUAUUUUAACUGGAUAUCGCCCGACUGACACAACAUUCAAAUACUGCUGCAAAAGCACAUUGGGACUCCACAACGAAACAUUCAACAUUUGGAGCCAUCUCCUGCCAUUGUUGUACUUUAUAUGGAUCGCUGUUGAUAUACAUCAUGAUCUAUCAGGACAGACUAACAUAACAUGUAGCUUCUUGCCAUUAUAUUGCAACAUGGCGGGGGUCUGCGUGUUAAUGCUUUUGAGCUCAUUGGCGCAUAUCUUCCACGCUGUAUCACAUAAGUGGCGCCAUCUUUGUUUCAUGUGCGACUAUGCAGCUAUAGGAUUUUAUGGUGUCAGCGCUGCCAUUCCUGGAUACUACUACUCAAGAUACUCAAAAUAUUGGAUAACUGAUCCAAAUAUUUUCAUUGCGUUGUCAAUUAUGUCUGCUGUCAUAGCAACCAUUGGUUGUUGCUACACAAGGAUCGACAUGCACAAUAAGUACAUUUACUACAUCCGCACAGGGACAUAUGUGUUUCCAUAUGUCGUCAGUAGCACACCAAUGUUUUGUCGGAUUUUUCUGGAACCUGAGUCAAUGGAUAGUACAUCUCAGUUUAUAUAUUUUAAGCAUGUUCUUUUCAUGGUGCUGGCUGCCAUUUUUAAUGUUACUAGGAUACCAGAAAGAUGGUCACCAGGGACAUUUGACAUCAUCGGUCAGAGCCAUCAGAUUUUCCAUAUACUUAUAUUUUUGGGUGUUAAAGAAUGUUUAUAUGUGAUGGUUCAUGAUAUAAAAACUAGGAACUUUGACGCCAUCUAUGAAACCAACACAGAACCAACUUUAUUUUCCACAUUUGGAAAUAUGUUAAUUCUAACCUUGCUGUCCAUUGGUGUUGUGCUCAGGUUUUGGCAAGAGAUUCAAAAACAAAAAGUAAAACGGCACAAAAACCCUAAAGCAGUUCACCAAGAUUAACAAUAACUUAAGAUAUAGAUUUGCACUUUAUGUCUAUGCAUUUUACAUGUUUUAAUUGAAUUCCAUAUUAACCCCACAAGAAAGCCAGAAACAGUAUUCCAAAAAAUUAGAGUACAUGUACAUUAUAAUACAGUAUGUUAAAAUAAGUAGUUUUAAGUACUUUAUACAUGGAACACCUCUGUAAAUGGAAUAUUUUUCAUGAUCAAAGCCCCAUAUACUUGGAACACCUCUGUA